AUGUUUCGUGUUGAAGGCGCCAGGGGAAAGACGAUCCAGCGGCGACGCACUCCCGACGAAGCCCGUUUUCCUCUUGACCUCCCAUCUUACUGCCGUCCGGGGGUGCGAUGGCGGGCACGGACCUCAUCGAGACUUCGUCAUCUGCAUUCUGAAAACGCCAAGAGAGGGGGACUCUCAAAGGUUAUCCUUGACUCUGCCCCUGUAUCAGUUUCCAUGGAAACCCUAACUCCUACGUGGUCCCCUGUCAACCAGUGUGACAUCAUCAACAUCGGGUUGAAACGUCAAAGUUCCUCGGAUGUUUGGGAGGAUUGUAUGUUUAGCAAGUCUCCCCCUGCUGGCGUGUUGUGGUCAGAGCAGCAGAGGAACAAAGAGCUCGAGGCCAAACUGUUGCACCGGGAGGAAGAGCUGAGUCGCCUCCAGGACGAAAAUGAGAAACUGCGACGAUUCCUCAACUCGCCUUUCGUCAGGAGUUUGGCAGUUGAAAAACGGAGCCCCGACCGGAUCGAAAAUGUGAACAAGAAACGGCCAUACUACGUCGGAUCUUGCCAGAACUUGGCUCGAGGCCGCUUUCAGGUCGGUAGGCGCGUCUGUCGCAACCUCAGCGCCGAGUUUGCUUCCGCCGAGUCCGCCGGCGCUGUUUCCCAGUCGCCGCUGGACCUUUGGGUUCUGAGAACACUCGGUCUGAAGGACCCGGACACCAUCGACCCAUCCUCGUCGCUAAUCCGGCAAACAGAGGACGACGGGACAGAGCCCGGACACAGCUUCCCCGAAGAGACUCCCUUCAGUAGUCCGGUCCACAACCGAUCUUGGAGCCCGCACAGCCCAUCACAAGUCGCUCAGUCUGAAGGCAGGAAUCCCGAUUUGGCCUUCGCGAUGUCUCUGAGCCCUGCCAGUAGCGUAAAAACCCUCAGCUACCCUCAGGGGCAGGCUUUUGUCAGGAGGGACCCCCAAGGACGCUGCAACUUCACUUGGUUGCCCACCCACAGCUCCAGAAGUGAGGAACCGGACUCUAGGGGGUGGACAACCCCCAAAAUGUGAAGGCAAGGCAAGGCAAAUGAAUUUCUAUAGAACAUUUCAACACAAAGUAAUUCAAAGUGCUAAGAGGCUACUAAUUUAAGUUGGGUUUUACUUGUGCCUAUUGUUUGGUGAUAUAACGGUAUAUAAUCACCAGUGUUGUUAAUAACGGUGUUAAAGUAUAACAUGACUCAAUUACUUUUUGGGAGAAAUAAUUUGUAACUGAAAUUAAAUACUGUUUUUAAAGUAAGAUUAACAAC